AUGGAGGCGGCGCCGAGGCGAAGCCCCGAGCCGCGGGAGAAGCCGCCGCUGCUGGACGGGGAGGCAGCGGGGGCGCCCGCGGGGGCGUCGGGCGCGGCCCCGGCCUCGGCGGCGGCGACGGAGCAGAUCGCGGCGGAGGGCGAGGCGGCGGCGGCGGCGGCGGCGGGCACGUUCGUGCAGCGGCAGCUCGGGGCGAUGCUGCAGCCCGCCGUGAACAAGUUCUCGCUGCGCAUGUUCGGCAGCCACCGGGCCGUGGAGAUCGAGCGGCAGCGGGUGAAGUCGGCGGGCGCCUGGAUUAUCCAUCCCUACAGCGACUUCAGGUUUUACUGGGACCUCAUCAUGCUGCUCCUGAUGGUGGGGAAUUUGAUCAUCCUGCCCGUGGGCAUCACCUUCUUCAAGGAUGAGAACACCCCUCCCUGGAUCGUUUUCAAUGUGCUCUCGGACACUUUCUUCCUGGCUGACCUGGUGCUGAACUUCCGGACAGGCAUCGUGGUGGAGGACAACACGGAGAUCAUUCUUGACCCUCACACCAUCAAAAUGAAGUACUUGAAGAGCUGGUUCCUGGUCGACUUCAUCUCCUCCAUCCCUGUUGACUACAUUUUCCUCAUUGUUGACCUGGAGACCCAGGUGGAUUCUGAUGUCUACAAGACAGCCCGGGCCCUGCGCAUCGUGCGCUUCACCAAGAUCCUCAGCCUGCUGCGCCUGCUGCGCCUCUCGCGCCUCAUCCGCUACAUCCACCAGUGGGAGGAGAUCUUCCACAUGACGUACGACCUGGCCAGCGCCGUGGUGAGGAUCUUCAACCUCAUCGGGAUGAUGCUGCUGCUGUGCCACUGGGAUGGCUGCCUGCAGUUCCUGGUGCCCAUGCUGCAGGACUUCCCCGAGGACUGCUGGGUCUCCAAGAACCACAUGGUGAACGACUCGUGGGGCAAGCAGUACUCGCACGCCCUGUUCAAGGCCAUGAGCCACAUGCUGUGCAUCGGCUACGGGCAGCAGGCGCCCGAGGGCAUGACCGACGUGUGGCUCACCAUGCUCAGCAUGAUCGUGGGGGCCACCUGCUACGCCAUGUUCAUCGGCCACGCCACCGCCCUCAUCCAGUCGCUGGACUCGUCCCGGCGCCAGUACCAGGAGAAGUACAAGCAAGUGGAGCAGUACAUGUCAUUCCACAAGCUGCCUGGGGACACGCGCCAGCGGAUCCACGAGUACUACGAGCACCGCUACCAGGGCAAGAUGUUCGACGAGGAGAACAUCCUGGGGGAGCUCAGCGAGCCGCUCAAAGAGGAAAUCAUCAACUUCAACUGCCGCAACCUGGUGGCCAACAUGCCCCUGUUCGCCAACGCCGACCCCAACUUCGUGACGGCCAUGCUGACCAAGCUGCGCUUCGAGGUCUUCCAGCCUGGGGACUUCAUCAUCCGUGAGGGCACCGUGGGCAAAAAGAUGUACUUCAUCCAGCACGGUGUGGUCAGCAUCCUCACCAAGGGCAACAAGGAGACAAAGCUGUCUGAUGGCUCCUACUUUGGGGAGAUCUGCCUCCUGACGCGGGGCAGGCGCACGGCCAGCGUGAGGGCCGACACCUACUGCCGCCUCUACUCGCUGUCCGUGGAUAACUUCAACGAGGUGCUGGAGGAGUACCCCAUGAUGCGCAGGGCCUUCGAGACGGUGGCCAUGGACCGGCUGGACCGCAUAGGGAAGAAGAACUCCAUCUUGCUCCGCAAGCGAGCCGAGCACAGCUCGGGACCCCUGAACAACGAGAUGAUCCAGCAGAUCGUGAAGCACGACCAGGACAUGGCCCACAACAUCCAGGACCUGCAGCAGAUGGCGAUGGGCCGGGAGCUGAGCGGCAAGCCGGUGAUUUGGGAGCCGCUGGUGCACGCCCCGCUGCAGACGGCCGCCGCCACCACCAACGUGGCCAUCGCGCUGACCCACCAGCACAGCCUGCAGGCUCACAUCUUCCUGCCGCCCUCCUCCAUCUCCAGCCCGCUCUCUCCCGAAGCCACGCUGCUCACCAAGCCCGUUCGCCGCUCGCAGCCCAGCCUGGGGGGCUCCCGACCCUCCUCCGUCGGCUCGCCCUCCGGGGCGCCGUCCCACCUGCAGACCCCGGCCGCCGCUUCGCCCUCCUCGCCCGUGGUCCAGCCGCAGGCGCCGCUGGAGGGCGGGGGCCAGAGACCGCAGCCCCUGCCCCGCUCCGCGCAGAGGGCGGAGAUGCCCGCGGGGCCCAAGCAGCCCCCGGCCGCCCCCCAGCCCCAACUCUCCCGCUCCCGCGGCGCCUCGGUGUCCACCUCGCUGCUGCAGCAAGCGGCGGGCGCCGCGUCCCCCAGCUCCGAGCAGGCGCUGCCGCCGGGGAGAACGCUCCACUACAGCCUGUCCCGAGCCACCGGCUCCCACAUCUCCCUCCUGAUGCAGCCGCAGCAGCUGGUGAAGCACAGGAGCAUCCAGGGCCUGCCGCUGGGGCGGCUCACGCAGGAUGUGCGGCUCCUGUCUGCCUCGCAGCCCUCCCUUCCCAAUAAAGUAGCCCAGCAAGGCGACGGGAGCUCUUUGAAGCAGGGCAGGAAAUCUGCGGGGAAUUUGGCCCGCAGGUCCUCGCCCUCGGUAGCCGGACUCCUGGCCAAGCCGUGCGCGGGGCUGCCCGGCCAGCCCGCACACUCGCAGCAGAUGCCUUCAGGAUCGCUGGCUCAGCCCGGCCGCUCCUCCGCGGCAGCGUCCACUCCCCAGUCCCCCAGCUCCGCGUCCAGGCAGCCGCCAGGUCCCUCCCGCAAGGGCUCCGUGGCCUUCAGCCCCGAGGUGGAAACGGCGAAGCCCAAACUCCCAUCCAACAUGUGAGUCCUGGCGGCGCCCACGCGGGCGGGAGGGAGCCGGGCAUCCCGGCGGCACCCGAGGCAGGAGAAGCAGAG